UCCCUGAAUCGCAACGCUGCUUGCACGCACGUGUCCAAAUUUGAAGUCCGACUGCAAGUUCUCCCCCUCCUCUGACUUGAGAAUCAGAAAUGGUGCGAAAAGGACAACCCCGUAAAAUGAAAAGCAAGCGUAUGACUUGCAAGCUCAAAUACAAAAUAGCAAAAAAGGUGAAAGAGCAUAACAGAAAAACAAGGAGGGAUGUUCAAAAGAAAGGACCACAACGGCCCAAGAAAGAUCCUGGUAUUCCUAACUUGGCUCCAUUCAAAGAAGCUAUCUUGAAAGAAGCUGAAGAUAGAAAAUACAAGGCAGAGGAGCUGAAAAAGAAACAAAAAGAAGAAAGACAUAAGGAGUUCUUGAAGAGUCGUAAAUUAAGUCAAUUACAGAAGGAUGCAGAACGGAGGCAAAAGUUGUUUGAAAAGAAGGGAGGCAAGACAAAGGAAGGAGGAGCUACUGCCCAAGAUGUAGAGAGCUCUCGCAAGGCAUACUACAAAGAGUUCAAGAAAGUUUUAGAGGCUUCUGAUGUGGUGAUUGAGGUAUUAGAUGCCAGGGAUCCUAUCGGCUCCAGGUGUAUCCAGCUGGAGAAGGCUGUAUUGGCAUCAGGAACAAACAAGAAACUUGUCCUCCUACUUAACAAAGUUGAUCUUGUUCCAAGGGAGAUCACAGAGAAAUGGCUGAAGCAUCUAAGGAAUGAGUUUCCUGCAGUAGCCUUCAAAGCAACCACACAAACACAGAGAUCAAACUUGUCACAGUCCAAAGUACCAGUUUCAUUGUCAUCAUCAGAACUCCUUCAAACAAGUCACUGUCUAGGAGCUGAUUCACUUAUCAAGCUUCUCAGUAACUACUGCAGGAAUGUAGACAUCAAAACAUCUAUUACUGUAGGAAUAGUUGGUUUUCCCAAUGUUGGAAAGAGCAGUAUAAUCAACAGUCUGAAGAGAAAUAAAGUAUGCACUGUAGGAGCCAUGCCAGGAGUCACAAAAGCGAAACAGGAGGUCCAGCUAGCUAAGAACAUCAAACUUCUAGACUGCCCUGGUGUUGUCAUGGCAACAGGCAAUAGUGAAGCUGCCAUGGUCUUAAGAAAUUGUGUCAAGCUUGAAACAGUAUCAGAUCCAGUAGCACCAGUGGAAGCCAUUCUAAAGAGAUGUACCAAACAAUCCCUCAUGCUUCAUUACAACAUCCCAAACUUCAGCAAUGUCAAUGAUUUUCUUUCAUUACUGGCAAGGCGGUAUGGAAAACUGAAGAAAGGGGGUGUAGUGGAUGUUGAAAGUGCAGCUAAGAUUAUCUUACAAGACUGGAACAUUGGUAAGAUAACAUACUUCACCCACCCACCAGAACAGCAUAGCCUACCAAGUCAUGUAGAUGCUUCCAUAGUUACUCAAUUAGGACAAGAAUUUGAUGUAGCUUCAUUACAAAAGGAAGAUGAGAAGAUCCUCAAAGGAUUAAGACGUGAACCUACAGCUACAGGAAUGGAAAUAGAAACCAUUGGACACUUAGAAGGAGUCAUUGAAGAUGAUCAGCUGGAUGCCGAGGAUGAAAAUGAACAUGAGAUGGAUGAAGAAGAAGAGGAUGAUGAAGAAGAAGAAAGUGAUGAAAUGGAAGAUGAUGAAGAAGAGGAAGGAGAAGAGCUGAAUGAAGUAACUGUCAGUGUACCAACAUCCAAGGCUAAAGAUGCAAAGAGCAAAAGAGAAAAACUGGAGAAGCUGAAGAAGAAAAGAUCAUGCAAAGUAGACUCCAACUCACCUGUUGGUAACCAACAGCUCAACAAGGCAUCCAAGCUAGCUUUUAAGAAAAUGCUGAAAAAGAGGAAAAGAUCUGAUAAACUGGCCACUGCUCUUUCUGAUGAGCUCACCCAGGCUUUUGACUUUUUUCAGUCAGGGCGAGGAGAUAGUGAUGAUGAUGGUGAUGAUAACUACAGCUUUAAAAAAGAUUUUUUCCGAUAAUUACAAGAUUUUAUUCUUAUCUGUUUGUAAGUUUAAAACUUCUUCAUGAACUUUGAAAAUGUGUGGUCAUAAAAAUAAAGGAUAUAUAUAUAUAUAUAUAUAUAUAUAUAUAUAUAUACCGGUAUCCAUAUAAAUGAUCCAUGAUUUGCUGGAAAACCAUAAAUGAAGGAUUUAUGUGCUUGUUCUACAAGUUCUUCAGCCUUCAUAGCUUACCUUUUCUGAAACCUCUCUUUAACAAUAGCUUGUUCAUGGGAGCAUACCAUAAAUUCCUUUAAUGCUGAUAAUGGAUCAAGGAGUUAUAUCAUGGAUGGUGAAUUAAAGACAAGAAGUGCAAUCAUUUGUUUCCCAUACUAUGGUCAAUCGCUGUCACCGGUACUCGCUCAUUUAUCAAACCUUGUCAAAACUUAACAUGAAAAACCUAAUCACAUACACAUAUAUGAAAAUUGUCUUUUGAAUUGAUAAAAGUAAAUCACCAUAAUUUGCUACAUUACCUUUUGAAAAUAACCUAGUAGCCUAUGCACAUGGCAAAGAGUCAAGAAAUUUCUAUUGAGUCUUACAUAAACAUGUACAUGAAGAGGAGUGUCAAACUGUCAAUAUUGAGAUAAUUCCAAUUUCAUGAUGAAUAAACUGGGUCGAGAUGUUGACAUUUCCAAAUUUCCUUUUAAUUUUUUUUCUAAAUCAUACAUUGACCUGAAAGAGGUAAUACAUUUACCAAAAGGACAGAGAAAUGAUUUGGUAUGUGUGACCCUCAUUUUUCUCCAUUUAUGUUUCACUUUAUGAUCUACUCGAGACAUAAUUUGAGGGGAUUAUCACUUUUUAAAGAACACAGUGGAGAUGAAUCAUUUCAAGAAUGUUUCAUAUAUAGGGAGUCAGAUGUACAUUAUACUGAAUUGCUUUAUUUUGAUGACCAAGAUCCAUGAUAUGAAAGUUAUCCAGAGGUGUUCAACAUCAAUAUCAUAUGCUGUGUUCUGCACUGGAUAUGGCUUGUAUAGCUAUACAAGAAGAAUAAGAACCUAUGAUGUAUAAAGAUACCUACGUCAGAUGAACUAUGUGGGCAUUCACGAUGUGUAACUGAAAGACUUAUAUAUUGUAUAUAUAUCCAAAAUAAUGCCAUUUCUUAAAUAAGUGUGGUAUGAUUUUUUAUUUAAAUGAAGCACAACUUGAUUUCCAUCAAAGUUAUGAAUACAAAUGUGUAUUUAAUAAUAAAAGGUCUCAACUUAAAAUUGAUAUGAAUUAAUCGCUACUCCCAAAUUGUAAGAUAGAUUAUAGACAUUUUCUUUGAAUUAUUACGGGCAACAGUAUGAUUUUUAUGCUUCAUAGUUUUAUAAUCAUGAAAACAACCUUUUGACAAUUAAAUGUAUGUAACGGUUAAUCUAAGUUACUUAGGUUCAUCUGAUAUAAAUGUUAUAUUCAAAGUUGUUUCGAAUGAAAAAUAAAUUAUCUAAUUUUGACAGAUUCUUGUAACACCAUAGUAUGGACUCAUAAUCACUCUGAAGUAUAAAAAAAUUCUGAAAAAUUGUGAUCAGUUUAAGGCUGUUUUAAGUUUAGGUAAAUCUAAACAUUACUCACUUUCAAAGUUUUGAAUCAUCAUAAACUACAUGUUAUGUGAGAGCAUGGAGGUAUAAAAGGAAGGAGUAACAUCUCGCUCAUUGCAUUUAAAACCAUGUUAUUUGCUGCAUGGAAAAAAUAUGUCAGGCAUGUGCUUCAUUGGCUUUUUCUUGCACAUUGUAGACAAGUCAUACCUUACUGGCUAGAUACAAUAAGAAAUAUGCUUUUGUAAUAAUAGUUAAUUUUCCCUGCAUCUGGUCAGAUAUUAUGAGUAGACAUGUUGCUAACUUUUAUGGGGGAAAGCUAAGUUGAAUGUUGCAAUUUUUAUUGAAAUAUGAUUUGAAAUUACUCGACUGGGCGCAUGUGGGUGCAACUCUGACACGAAACAUCUCAAAUUAGUGUAUUCCCUGGAACUAAUUUUCACUUUUUUAUGAGGAAGUGUGUGGAAAUUUUUAAAAUGUUCAUUUAAAAACUUGUGAAGUUCUGAGGUUUUCUCACAUUUUGAGAAUAUUAUGCAAUAUUUUGCCCUUUUUCAUGACAAGGCUUUUGAGAUAUAUUUCCUCAUGUGUUUAAUAUCCACAUUUUGUGAUGAAACGAAAUUGAAAAUAUUCGCAAUUAUCUAUUUUUUAAUACAAAUCACUUUACAGUUUUCCCAUGAAACUGGAGGCAUCACAAGUCUCCAUCAGAGGCUACAGUGUAUCUGUGUAUUCUUUGAUACUUCUUUAGAAAUCAAAAGCGACAAUCUGCAUUUCAAUGUCACUCCAUCCUUAAACCUCCAUGGUGAGAGAUUCAGGUUAAAAUCCCAUAUUGCAGGUACGAUUUAUAAAUGAAUUGUCAAAAAAAGUCACAGGUAUUGGAUUUUGAUUCAUUUUUGUAUAUAAAAACUACUUCUCAAGCAUAGAAUGAGACCAAAAUAAUCAGGAUGAAACGUAUAGAUAUCUUUCUCACCAGAAUGGCCCCCCCCUCUUUUUUUUUGGGGGGGGUCAUAUGCUAGAGCUCUUUGAGGUAUACCAGACUUCUACACAGAAUUAAAAAAAAAUGGUUUAUUAAGAUGUGCUGCAGUGAAGAAAAUCAACAGAAUGACCAAGAAUUGUCAGUCAGACAACAGGUCCCUAUACUAAUGAGCAAAUAGGUCAAAUUCAUCCAAAUCUUCUCGUGGCUGAAUCCUUGCAAAAUAUUGUGAAUGGUGAGAUUUUCUUUCUCUAAGAAUUUACCUACUUUAUUUGUAAGUUAAAUUCAAUAUCUUUGCACAACUGGACAGAGUAAAUGUUUCUCUUUCAUAUUAUUUCAUUUAUUUUGUAUAAAAUAUUUUGUUAAAUAAGUGAAUUUCAUGCCUGAAAAUGUGCAUCAAAACUGAAUUUUCUUCCUGUUGUCUUAUGCAAAUUUUGCAAAACUUUUUAUUUUGAGCUUCGAAGAUAUCUAUAUCACCACAAAGCUAAACCUCUGUACUUUCUCACAAUGCGGCACCUUUUAAUUGGGUCAAGAUCACACUUUUCCCACCAAGGUACAAGAAAAGAUUUCUAACAUUUUGGAGUUGCAUGAAAUCUAGAGUUCUGAUUGGCUAGAUAAGGCUUCAAAACAACAAGCGCAGGUAAUUUGAUGAGAUUACCACAUGGGUGUGUGACCUUGCCGUGAACCCAGCGCUAUAACCGAUCUUGACCCAAUUAAACCAAUUGUUUUGAAAUCUGUACAAUUUUAAAGCAUAGAUAUUCAGCUUUAUCAUGAUCUAAACAUCACUUGGACUCAAACAAAAAAGUAUAAAUAACAACUUAUGUCAGGUGAAAAUAAUUAUUUUGUAGCAUAUUUAAGAUCAAAAGUUUCACCUACAUUACAAAAUCCUUAAAUUCAAACAUGACCUGGAGGAAUGAUUCUUCUUUAUACAGUGAUACCAAAAUCAUGAAAUUUGAUGUACAUAUUUAGAGCUGCAACGGCCGAAUUAAAAGCGGUGUUUUGGUUUGCAUCAAGUUCAUUAUAUAUGCAAAACCUCUGUAGUCCUGAAUAUCUCUUGCAUGGAAGAAGCCACUUUUUGGGGACCUGCCUACUGACUGUUUUUGAGUGCAAGAGAGAUUAGUAAUGGUGGAGGAGGGAUGUGUAUGAGAGAUGUCCAGAAGGUGGACAUAUUUUGCUAUAGUAUCUACUACAAUCUACUGUGGUGAUGAAUGUGAGAUUGCAGUAACAAUGAUGCAGAUUGGAAGGAUUGAAGUCCAGUGAGCUGGCUUCAAUCCUUGUUGGUUAGAAGGUUAACAGUGAGAAUGAAAGGCAUGUUCUGUAAUGCUCGUGUCAGAACAGGGAUGGUAUAUGGCUAAGAAGUAUGGCAUGUAACUUGAAGAUAAAUGGUAUUUGGAAGAAAGAGCAAUGAUACAAAAAAUUGUUAAAAUAUCUGAUAGAAACAGAAGUGGACUCAUUGAAAGGCUUAGCUUUGGUGGAAUGGUAGAUGGUAGUUUGAAAUGGAUUGGCCAUGUGUUGAGACAGAGGAGUGGGGGGAUUUCAAUUUAAAUUCAUUUUAAAAUGGCAGUGAACACAACAAAGACAAUGAAAAAGAAGAUUAAUAUUAAAGAUAUCCACCCAUGUUUAAUAGCAGAAUGAAGGUAUUGUAUUCAAAUUACUGGACAAAACAAAACAUGAACACAAGUAGAGGCAUAAAAAAAUGUAAUUGCAAUAUUGUUAAUUACAAUAUUCAUGAUAAUGGUUAAAUGCUGUUUGUUUUACAUGUCUCAUGAGAUGAUUUCAUUAAUAUUAAAGGUAUAAACUGAAUCAUAAACUGAUCAUAUAUUUGAAAACUAUAAAACUAACCACUUUAUAUGAAGGAAUCCCGGGGGAAAUCUUUAUCAUAAAUUAAUUUCCAAUGAAAACUGAAAGAGGUGUCAAACUUCUUGAUUGUGAUUUCCCAAUUUUACAAUAAUCAUAAUAAUAAGUUACAUUUAUACAGUGUGUCCCAGAAGAUAAUUAUUUCUAAAUCACAAAUACAAUAGACAAAUUUAUUAUCAUUAUAAAGCAGUCUCUUUUUUUCAUCUGGCAUAAUUUGUAUGAUUCCUCAAUUCUGCAUGAGUGAGCAAACUCGGACAUCAAAAAGUCACUUAGCGGGUGGUAUCAAAGUUUCAAAAAGAAAAUCACAUGUCCCCAAUAUUCAAAAUCUGCUCUUUACUUUGAUACCUCAAUCACAGAAAAUGGUAAAAAAAAAUAAUGUUUUAUUUGAAAUAAGGCUUGAAUUCCAUAAUGCUAUAAACUGAAGGGAUUUUAUUACAGGUUAGCUGUCAAAACACUUUUUUUGUUGACCAUCAGCCAUGCAUUAAGUGAUUUGUUAAAUGUGUGAAAGCUUUAAUAAUCUGUGAAAACAUGUUUGUUUAAUGAAAUUAUGCAGAUACAAGCAUUAUUUCAAUGAAAGAAUUUAUUUCUUAACCAUUUUUUGGUGAUUGAGGUAUUAAAGUAAAGACCAGAUAUUGACCUUAAAAAAACGUGAUUUUCAUUUUUUUGAAACUUUGUUUAUACUGCUGCCAAGUGACUUUUGGGUACUAUUUCUCCAAAUGGUUUUUACUCACCCAUGCUUUAUAAUGAAAGGUCAUUUGUCUAUUGUUUUUGUGAUAAAGUUUGUAAUUCUUGGUUUAGUUUGAUGUGGAAUGCACUGUAUAAUGCUUUAUUCUUAGGUGUUUCUAUGCGCUUUACAAGGUACAUCUGUAAUUAUCAUUACCCAGCCAUCGAUCUUUACAUGCUCACACAAUGUAUACACUUUCUCAACUCCCUGUGGAACAUUCAAUCAAGAGGUCCAAGACUCAAUCUCUAGGCAUACUCCAUAGGAUUUUGUGUCCUACAGGGUAACCAGUUAACCCCUGGGUGGAAAGUGGCAAUGUGAUGCCUUGCCAAAGGAUGAUAGGCUAUGGUGGGAACCAAACACAACCUAUGAUUACAAGGCAAGACUCAGAACCACUACACCACAAUGCUUCACAAUCUAAAUCAUAUAGUAAAUCCUAUGGGAACAAGCCUAAUAUCUCUAAUGGGAUAUAAUUGAUGCAAAUUGGGCAACAUCAUAUUAGGAGUAUGUGUUUAUACCUAAGUGACAUCAUAUAAGUACAAUCCUUUAUCUCCUCAUUACAAUAAAUGGAAAAAGAAAUGUAAUCUAUGUCAUUCAACCUGAAUUACUUAAAUAUUUCAAUAUCCAUUGUAGAUUCAAGUACAUUACCAAGAAAUAAGGACAUUUCAUUCAUUGUAAAAAUUAUAAAGUUUGAAUGUACAUUUCUGAAUUUCUGAAGAAUCCUUUCUGAAGAAUCACAAUCUACAUCAAAUAAAGAUCUUUAAUAAUAACAUUUUUAAACAUUACAUUAUCAAAUAUUCAAUUCAAGACUGACAAAUUCAACAACAACAAUUCUAUGAACAUCCACUUCCAACUAGAAACAUGAUUAGCAGUUCCUAUACUCUAUACAUACAAAGCGAAUAACUUUCAUAGCAUAAAUAAUCUUUUUGACUUCAUAAUUCUAUUUUGUCAUUCCAAUGAUUUUCAGAUAACAAUCUAAUAUUCCUUCUUACAUAUAAAAACAUUUCACAAUAUACCAGUAUUUACAAUAAGUGGGAUGGUACAAUUCAACUUAUACACAUAUAUGUAUAUACAUUUUUAGUGUAAAAAUAAAACAGCAUCGUGUAGCAGAGUUGAGUCUAUAAUAAAGGCACAGCGAAAAGAAAAAAAAAUAAUUGAGAGCAAAACAAAAUAUUGAUUCUAAAUAAACACUGCAUUUAUACAUGUUAUAUUUAGUUUGUUUUUUCAUCAAUAAGGAAAAUAAUUACUGGCAGUUUACACCUAUCAGUUUGAGCACUUUUAUUAUGUCGGGUUUCAAUUCAUGAACUGGUUAUUAUUUCUAAUAAAAGAAUAGACAGAGUUUAUUUUAGAUAUCUAAAUUGGCAUGAAAAUAUGUAUAGACAGGUUACUAGUAUCAUGUCUGAUUUUUCAAAGCAAAUUUAGAAACCCUUAGGGGGGCUUGAUAGUAACUAGUAAUUGAAAGUCAAUUGUAGUUCCUCACAUUCAAUCGUUUAAUAGUCUGAACAUGUUUAAAAGAAAAAUGCUGGUCUGAUUCUUGCAAUAGAAGGUAUGAAUUGAAUCACUAGUUGAAAUCAGUUAUGCAUCUCUUUUUUUUGUACACCUUUUAGAUAUAAAUUACAUCUGGUAGAACCAUGGUAGAACAAGAUUUAUGUUGAGCAGACGUAAUGAAAUUCCAUAGGAAAGUGCUUUAUGGUAAAAUCAUUAUCUCACAUUACCUGGCCCGACAGUUGUGCGAGUCUAAUUAGGCUUGGCAAAAAAUUUUCUAGAUGUAUCUGUUAAAGGAAUUUUCAAUGCUUCAUGAAGUCUCCAAUUGAUAAUUACCUCCUCAUGAAAGCUGAUGCACAAUUGAUUUUCAAAACUAAUUGUAUAGCGAGACCAUAAGAUCAGCCCAGCCCAUGUAGUUACUAUAACACUGAAGGUCAGGCACUAAAAAUGUAGUGCAUGCAGCAGAAAUGACAAUGCUGGUACUUUGACAUCUGGGGACCACUACAUCAAAGAACUUUUUAGAACGUUUUUCUCCAACAAGUCCUAUUUAUAUGACAAUUUCCAUAGUAAGAGUGCUUAUCAGCCAAUCAAAAUCAGGGAGAAGUUGUCAGAUCCAACAACUUGUCAGACAAAAAUGUUGAUGAAUUACUCCCCUGACUUAUCCAAUUUUGCAAUAAUUAAUAUUGAUCAAAUUUUGAUAAAUCAACUCAUAUGAUGGGUAGUACAAAUAAAAAUAUACAAUUGAUUGCAAUAAAGUUUCUUACAAACCACCUACCCUUUAGAUGACUACCACCAGGGAUAGAAAAACAGGACAAAAAUGUACUGAGAUAAACAGAAGCAAUUCAUUGUAAUGAUUUCAUAUUUCAGUCAUUAAAUUGUUGUCAAAACUUGUUUGAGUUACAAGGUAUAAAAGGAGAUCACUUGAAGCGGUUUAAAUUUAAUAGACAGUGAACAUGAAAAAUAACAGUAAUUUGAUUAUUAAUCUGGCAAUAGUGGCAAAAACAUGCUUAAUUUUGGUUUUUUACAUGAUGAAAUCUAUGCUUUAAAAAAUGUACAUUAUUUAGAAAUUAUUUGCUUUUUAGUACUCUAUCACGAAAGACAUUCUAAAUAUGGCCCACAUGCAGGAUUCACAAACUUUACUGCUCUAAUAGAUAUAAGCAACAAUAUUCAAGCUGUGUAUUUAUAUACAAAUGCAUCACAGUGGUACACACUACCACCAAAUCUGCAACAAAUGCAGUAAAACAUCAUGAAAUAUUGAUUUAACUGUACAGCUAUACACUCAUGUUAUUGCAAAUUCAGUGGCAUACCUGAUCAUAAAUAUUUGAAAAAAAAAAAUACUUGUAAACUUCCAGUAUCCAUUGAAAUUCAAA